UCCCAAGACUUCGUCCUGAAGUCAUGGCUCCCAAUUGGAAAGUAUUUGCUUUAGUUUGUGCAACUUUGUGGAUUUCUAACUCCCUUGGAUUUACCAUUGAGUCCAAUCAAACAUCAACCAAGUUAAAAGUUGAAGAGCACGAUGCUCCAGUGAAAAUUGAUGCAAACGACAAUAGUACUUCAACUUUUUUGCGAAAAAGCCCCAUAAAGUGUGGAUCUCAUGAGGAAUACCUCAACUGCGGGCCUUCGUGUGAGAUUGACUGCACAUCAAUUGGAAGAUCAUGCAAUAAAAAUGAAUGUCGCCCUGGUUGCUUCUGUCGUCCAGGAUACUUGAGAGAAGGUCCUGGUGGAAAGUGUGUGUUGCAAAAGAAGUGCCCAAGACCUUCAUGUCCUAAACAUGAGGAGUAUUUAUUCUGCGGAGAAGCUCCACUAUGUCAAACCACAUGCGAAACUUAUGGGAAAUCUUGCAAUGUUAAACCGUCUUCAUCGUACUGCCCACAAGGAUGUUACUGCAAACACGGAUAUGCCCGUCAUCCUGUUACCAAUCAGUGUAUUCACGUUAAAAGUUGCCCCUCAAUUGAGUAUGUUCCUCAGAAACCACCCCCACCACCCCCAACGACUACCACAACAACCACAACCACAACUACCACUGAGAAGCCCGAAUCCUGCGGGAGGUAUGAAGAAUUCCUCCAUUGUGGACCAUCUUGCCAAAUUGAAUGUUCCAAUUUGGGUCAAGAUUGUCCCACCUACAAAGGGAAGUGCACAAGUGGAUGCUACUGCAAGGCUGGGUAUGCCAGAGAUGGUCCUGGUGGACCGUGUAUUCCUCAGAAGAGUUGUCCACAGCCCUACUGCCCUAAAAAUGAAGUUUGGUUGGCUUGUGGGCAAGCUCCAAGGUGUCAGGAAACAUGCGAUGGCGUAGAUCGAGAUUGUGAAGGACGCAAGUAUGUUAGUGAUUGUCCAUCUGGUUGCUACUGUCGCAAAGGCUAUGCUCGACACCCCACAACCGGAGAAUGUAUCAAGAAGCGCGAUUGCCCAACGCAACCACAGUGUGGAGCAAAUGAAGAUUACAAUGAUUGUGGGUACCGCUGUAAGGAGACCUGCUAUGGUGGAGGCAAGGCCUGUUACUAUGAAAAAUGCGAAUCUGGGUGCUUCUGUUCAGAAGGCUACGUCCGAAUUGAUGGGCAAUGUGUUUCAAUUGAUAAUUGUGUUAAAAAGUGUCCGGCCAAUGAAGAAUAUGUGUCGUGUGGAAAACGCUGCAAUGAAGACUGCAACGGCUCCGAAAAGUAUUGCAGUAAGGAACCCUGUACGGAGGGUUGCUUCUGCAUAAACGGCUACAAAAGAGUGGAAGGAGUUUGUGUUCCAAUUAAGAAUUGUCCUCCUCCAAAGUGCCCUAAAGCCAAUGAGGUGUACACAACUUGCGGAAAGUCUUGCAAUGAAGAUUGUACUAAAUCAAGUGAUGAAUGCAGAGGAGAGAAAUGCAGGGAAGGUUGCUUCUGUGCUAAAGGAUUUAAACGAGUAAACGGUCGUUGCGUACCUGAAGAAGAUUGUGAGUGCCCGAAGAAUGAGGAAUACAAAUGCGGUACCGACUGUGAUGAGGACUGCAGUGCUUAUUCGGUGCAGUGUUGGACUAAGAAGUGUCGCAACAAGUGCCAUUGCAUAAAGAAUUACAAGAGAAUUGACGGAGUAUGUUUACCGCCAUCUAAAUGCCCGUGUCCAAGUAACGAGGAAUAUACUUAUGGUAACAAGUGCAUGGAGCAAUGCGGGACAUCCGAUAGUGAAUGUGCAGCUCAGAAAAGCUAUUUCGAUUGUUUCUGCAUGAGCGGUUACAAAAGAAUAGACGGAGUAUGUGUCCCGGAUUCUCAGUGCCCGUGUGAUCAAUACGAAACGUACAGAUACGGCGAUCGCUGCAGUGAGCAAUGCAAUGAUGGCAGCCUGGAUUGUUCUCAGGACGAAUGCUUCAAAGCUUGUUUUUGUAACGAAGGAUUCGUAAGGAUCGAUGGAAAGUGUGUAAUUGGUCAGAACUGCGAAUGCGGAGAAAAUGAGGCCUAUUUAAACAGCAACGACUGCUAUCAAGAUUGUAGUAAAACAUGGGAAGAAUGUGAAGCGUUGCCAACAUCAUUCAGGUGUGCUUGCGUCAAUAAAUAUUUUAGAAUUGAUGGAACAUGCCAAUAUUAUGAAAAUUGUCCUUGCGGUAAAAAUGAGGUGUACGGAUUUUCUAACGAUUGUUAUGAUACUUGUGGGACAAUACCUGACGAAUGCGCGAAACAAACAUUCCUUAAUAAAUGUUUCUGUAAGCCAGGAUACAAAAGGAUAUUGGGAGUAUGCGUUAAAGACUAUUUAUGUCCUUGUGACAAAUUUGAAGAAUAUAAAUAUGGAGACCGAUGUAGAGAGAACUGUCAAGAAAACUAUGACGAUUGUCCAGAUGUGGCAACCGUUCAAGGAUGCUUCUGCAAGGAAGGCUAUGUCAGAGUUAAUGGAACAUGUCAAACAUUUGAAAAUUGCGAAUGUGAAGAUAACGAAGAGUACUCCUAUUCUAACGAAUGUUUAGAUACAUGCGACGGGAAUCCUGACAACUGCAAGGAUAUUCCGAUAGAAGCAUCUUGUUACUGUGCUUCUGGUUACAGAAGAGACAGCCAAGGUAAUUGCAUUCCUGAUUCAGAAUGUCCAUGUAGUGAUCCAAAUUCUGAAUACAAACAAGGCAAGAAAUGUGAAGACGACUGUGAAGAAUCGUCAGACUGUUCAGAACAAGAGUGCUAUAAAGCAUGCUACUGCAAAGAUGGGUACAAGUUAAUCGACGGAAGUUGUCAACCAGAAAUUGGCUGUACCUGUGAUGGAUCAAAUGAACAAUAUUAUGUAUCCAAUGACUGUUUGGAGACUUGUGAUGGAAAUCCAGAAAGUUGUGCGGGAAUUCCCACAGAAAGUGGUUGUUACUGCGCACCAGGAUUUCGCAGAGAUAGUUCAGGAAAUUGUAUUCCUGACACACAAUGUCCAUGCUCUGAUCCAAAUUCGGAAUACAAACCAGGAAAAUCUUGUGACGAUGGAUGUGCAGAAACUGUCGACUGCGCAGGGCAGGAAUGCUACAAAGGUUGCUUCUGCAAAGACGGUUUUAAAAAUAUCGAUGGAAGUUGCCAACCAGAAAGCCAAUGCACUUGUUCAGGUGUUUAUGAACAGUAUAGUGUAUCAAAUGACUGUUUAGAAACUUGCAAGGGUAAUCCUGACAUCUGCAGUGGGAUACCAACAAAAGGAGGAUGUUAUUGUGCACCAGGAUAUCGACGCAUACCAGGAUAUGGAAAAUGCAUUCCAGACAAAUAUUGUCCAUGUAAUGAUCCCAACGCUGAAUAUAAGCCAGGAAAGAGUUGUGAGGAUGAUUGUGAUCCAUCAAGCGAUUGCUCAGGACAAGAGUGCUAUAAAGGAUGUUUCUGCAAGGAUGGAUUUAAGAAUAUCGGUGGAAGCUGCCAACCAGAAUCUGGCUGUACGUGCAGUGGAACAAAUGAACAAUAUGGAACGUCCAAUGAUUGCUUAGAUACAUGCGAUGGAAAUCCAAUAACUUGUACCGGUAUUCCAACCGAAGGUGGCUGUUAUUGUGCUCCUGGUUAUCGACGCGAUAGUAAUGGAGACUGCAUUGUCGACACAGAUUGUCCUUGCACAGAUCCUAAUUCAGAAUAUAAACCAGGAAAGAGUUGUGAGGAUGAUUGUGAUCCAUCAAGCGAUUGCUCAGGACAAGAGUGCUAUAAAGGAUGUUUCUGCAAGGAUGGAUUUAAGAAUAUCGGUGGAAGCUGCCAACCAGAAUCUGGCUGUACGUGCAGUGGAACAAAUGAACAAUAUGGAACGUCCAAUGAUUGCUUAGAUACAUGCGAUGGAAACCCAAUAACAUGUGCCGGUAUUCCAACCGAAGGUGGCUGUUAUUGUGCUCCUGGUUAUCGACGCGAUAGUAAUGGAGACUGCAUUGUCGACACAGAUUGUCCUUGCACAGAUCCUAAUUCAGAAUAUAAACCAGGAAAGAGUUGUGAGGAUGAUUGUGAUCCAUCAAGCGAUUGCUCAGGACAAGAGUGCUAUAAAGGAUGUUUCUGCAAGGAUGGAUUUAAGAAUAUCGGUGGAAGCUGCCAACCAGAAUCUGGCUGUACGUGCAGUGGAACAAAUGAACAAUAUGGAACGUCCAAUGAUUGCUUAGAUACAUGCGAUGGAAACCCAAUAACUUGUGCCGGUAUUCCAACCGAAGGUGGCUGUUAUUGUGCUCCUGGUUAUCGACGCGAUAGUAAUGGAGACUGCAUUGUCGACACAGAUUGUCCUUGCACAGACCCUAAUUCAGAAUAUAAACCAGGAAAGAGUUGUGAGGAUGAUUGUGAUCCAUCAAGCGAUUGCUCAGGACAAGAGUGCUAUAAAGGAUGUUUCUGCAAGGAUGGAUUUAAGAAUAUCGGUGGAAGCUGCCAACCAGAAUCUGGCUGUACGUGCAGUGGAACAAAUGAACAAUAUGGAACGUCCAAUGAUUGCUUAGAUACAUGCGAUGGAAACCCAAUAACUUGUGCCGGUAUUCCAACCGAAGGUGGCUGUUAUUGUGCUCCUGGUUAUCGACGCGAUAGUAAUGGAGACUGCAUUGUCGACACAGAUUGUCCUUGCACAGAUCCUAAUUCAGAAUAUAAACCAGGAAAGAGUUGUGAGGAUGAUUGUGAUCCAUCAAGCGAUUGCUCAGGACAAGAGUGCUAUAAAGGAUGUUUCUGCAAGGAUGGAUUUAAGAAUAUCGGUGGAAGCUGCCAACCAGAAUCUGGCUGUACGUGCAGUGGAACAAAUGAACAAUAUGGAACGUCCAAUGAUUGCUUAGAUACAUGCGAUGGAAACCCAAUAACUUGUGCCGGUAUUCCAACCGAAGGUGGCUGUUAUUGUGCUCCUGGUUAUCGACGCGAUAGUAAUGGAGACUGCAUUGUCGACACAGAUUGUCCUUGCACAGAUCCUAAUUCAGAAUAUAAACCAGGAAAGAGUUGUGAGGAUGAUUGUGAUCCAUCAAGCGAUUGCUCAGGACAAGAGUGCUAUAAAGGAUGUUUCUGCAAGGAUGGAUUUAAGAAUAUCGGUGGAAGCUGCCAACCAGAAUCUGGCUGUACGUGCAGUGGAACAAAUGAACAAUAUGGAACGUCCAAUGAUUGCUUAGAUACAUGCGAUGGAAACCCAAUAACAUGUGCCGGUAUUCCAACCGAAGGUGGCUGUUAUUGUGCUCCUGGUUAUCGACGUGAUAGUAAUGGAGACUGCAUUGUCGACACAGAUUGUCCUUGCACAGAUCCUAAUUCAGAAUAUAAACCAGGAAAGAGUUGUGAGGAUGAUUGUGAUCCAUCAAGCGAUUGCUCAGGACAAGAGUGCUAUAAAGGAUGUUUCUGCAAGGAUGGAUUUAAGAAUAUCGGUGGAAGCUGCCAACCAGAAUCUGGCUGUACGUGCAGUGGAACAAAUGAACAAUAUGGAACGUCCAAUGAUUGCUUAGAUACAUGCGAUGGAAACCCAAUAACAUGUGCCGGUAUUCCAACCGAAGGUGGCUGUUAUUGUGCUCCUGGUUAUCGACGCGAUAGUAAUGGAGACUGCAUUGUCGACACAGAUUGUCCUUGCACAGAUCCUAAUUCAGAAUAUAAACCAGGAAAGAGUUGUGAGGAUGAUUGUGAUCCAUCAAGCGAUUGCUCAGGACAAGAGUGCUAUAAAGGAUGUUUCUGCAAGGAUGGAUUUAAGAAUAUCGGUGGAAGCUGCCAACCAGAAUCUGGCUGUACGUGCAGUGGAACAAAUGAACAAUAUGGAACGUCCAAUGAUUGCUUAGAUACAUGCGAUGGAAACCCAAUAACAUGUGCCGGUAUUCCAACCGAAGGUGGCUGUUAUUGUGCUCCUGGUUAUCGACGCGAUAGUAAUGGAGACUGCAUUGUCGACACAGAUUGUCCUUGCACAGAUCCUAAUGCAGAAUAUAAGCCAGGAAAGAGUUGUGAGGAUGAUUGUGAUCCAUCAAGCGAUUGCUCAGGACAAGAGUGCUAUAAAGGAUGUUUCUGCAAGGAUGGAUUUAAGAAUAUCGGUGGAAGCUGCCAACCAGAAUCUGGCUGUACGUGCAGUGGAACAAAUGAACAAUAUGGAACGUCCAAUGAUUGCUUAGAUACAUGCGAUGGAAACCCAAUAACAUGUGCCGGUAUUCCAACCGAAGGUGGCUGUUAUUGUGCUCCUGGUUAUCGACGCGAUAGUAAUGGAGACUGCAUUGUCGACACAGAUUGUCCUUGCACAGAUCCUAAUUCAGAAUAUAAACCAGGAAAGAGUUGUGAGGAUGAUUGUGAUCCAUCAAGCGAUUGCUCAGGACAAGAGUGCUAUAAAGGAUGUUUCUGCAAGGAUGGAUUUAAGAAUAUCGGUGGAAGCUGCCAACCAGAAUCUGGCUGUACGUGCAGUGGAACAAAUGAACAAUAUGGAACGUCCAAUGAUUGCUUAGAUACAUGCGAUGGAAACCCAAUAACAUGUGCCGGUAUUCCAACCGAAGGUGGCUGUUAUUGUGCUCCUGGUUAUCGACGCGAUAGUAAUGGAGACUGCAUUGUCGACACAGAUUGUCCUUGCACAGAUCCUAAUUCAGAAUAUAAACCAGGAAAGAGUUGUGAGGAUGAUUGUGAUCCAUCAAGCGAUUGCUCAGGACAAGAGUGCUAUAAAGGAUGUUUCUGCAAGGAUGGAUUUAAGAAUAUCGGUGGAAGCUGCCAACCAGAAUCUGGCUGUACGUGCAGUGGAACAAAUGAACAAUAUGGAACGUCCAAUGAUUGCUUAGAUACAUGCGAUGGAAACCCAAUAACAUGUGCCGGUAUUCCAACCGAAGGUGGCUGUUAUUGUGCUCCUGGUUAUCGACGCGAUAGUAAUGGAGACUGCAUUGUCGACACAGAUUGUCCUUGCACAGAUCCUAAUGCAGAAUAUAAGCCAGGAAAGAGUUGUGAGGAUGAUUGUGAUCCAUCAAGCGAUUGCUCAGGACAAGAGUGCUAUAAAGGAUGUUUCUGCAAGGAUGGAUUUAAGAAUAUCGGUGGAAGCUGCCAACCAGAAUCUGGCUGUACGUGCAGUGGAACAAAUGAACAAUAUGGAACGUCCAAUGAUUGCUUAGAUACAUGCGAUGGAAACCCAAUAACAUGUGCCGGUAUUCCAACCGAAGGUGGCUGUUAUUGUGCUCCUGGUUAUCGACGCGAUAGUAAUGGAGACUGCAUUGUCGACACAGAUUGUCCUUGCACAGAUCCUAAUUCGGAAUAUAAACCAGGAAAGAGUUGUGAGGAUGAUUGUGAUCCAUCAAGCGAUUGCUCAGGACAAGAGUGCUAUAAAGGAUGUUUCUGCAAGGAUGGAUUUAAGAAUAUCGGUGGAAGCUGCCAACCAGAAUCUGGCUGUACGUGCAGUGGAGCAAAUGAACAAUAUGGAACGUCCAAUGAUUGCUUAGACACAUGUGUUGGGAAUCCAAUUACGUGCGCUGGUAUUCCAACCGAAGGUGGUUGCUACUGUGCUCCUGGUUAUCGACGCGAUAGCAAUGGAGACUGCAUUGUCGACACAGAUUGUCCUUGCACUGAUGCUAACGCUGAAUUUAAAUCCGGAAAACCUUGUGAUGAUGAAUGUACUCCACCAUCAACAUGUCCUACUGACGAUUGUUAUAAGGCAUGCUACUGUAAGGAUGGCUUCAAGAAUAUUGGAGGAAUUUGUACUCCUGAAGCCCAGUGUUGUUCAGAUCCUAAUGCACAAUAUGUGUAUGGAAGUGACUGUUUAGAUCAGUGUACAGGAACGCCUGCUUCAUGCGCGGGUCAGCCUGUAACUUUGGAUUGUCACUGCAACCCAGGCUAUAGAAAGGAUUCAACUGGCACAUGCGUAGCAGACACUGCCUGCACAUGCACUGAUCCAAACGCUGAAUUUAAAUCCGGAAAGCCCUGUGAUGAUGAAUGCACUCCACCAACAACAUGUCCUACCGACGAUUGCUACAAAGACUGCUUCUGUAAGGAUGGCUUCAAGAAUAUUGGAGGAACAUGUACUCCUGAAGCACAAUGUUGUUCAGAUCCAAAUGCACAAUAUGUAUAUGGAAGUGAUUGCUUAGAUCAGUGUACAGGAACGCCUGAUUCAUGUGCAGGUCAGCCUCAAACCUUAGAUUGUCAUUGCAACCCUGGUUAUAGAAAAGAUUCAACUGGCACAUGCGUGGAGGAUACCACUUGUCCAUGCACAGAUCCAAACGCUGAAUUUAAAUCUGGAAAGCCCUGUGAUGAUGAAUGCACUCCACCAGCAACGUGUCCUACCGACGAUUGCUACAAAGACUGCUUCUGUAAGGAUGGCUUCAAGAAUAUUGGAGGAACAUGUACUCCUGAAGCACAAUGUUGUACAGAUCCAAAUGCGCAAUAUGUAUUAGGAAGCGAUUGCUUAGAUCAGUGUACAGGAACGCCUGAUUCAUGCGCGGGUCAGCCUGUAACUUUGGAUUGUCAUUGUAACCCAGGCUAUAGAAAGGAUUCAACUGGCACAUGCGUAGCAGACACUGCCUGCACAUGCACUGAUCCAAACGCUGAAUUUAAAUCCGGAAAGCCCUGUGAUGAUGAAUGCACUCCACCAACAACAUGUCCUACCGACGAUUGCUACAAAGACUGCUUCUGUAAGGAUGGCUUCAAGAAUAUUGGAGGAACAUGUACUCCUGAAGCACAAUGUUGUUCAGAUCCAAAUGCACAAUAUGUAUAUGGAAGUGAUUGCUUAGAUCAGUGUACAGGAACGCCUGAUUCAUGUGCAGGUCAGCCUCAAACCUUAGAUUGUCAUUGCAACCCUGGUUAUAGAAAAGAUUCAACUGGCACAUGCGUGGAGGAUACCACUUGUCCAUGCACAGAUCCAAACGCUGAAUUUAAAUCUGGAAAGCCCUGUGAUGAUGAAUGCACUCCACCAGCAACGUGUCCUACCGACGAUUGCUACAAAGACUGCUUCUGUAAGGAUGGCUUCAAGAAUAUUGGAGGAACAUGUACUCCUGAAGCACAAUGUUGUACAGAUCCAAAUGCACAAUAUAUAUUAGGAAGCGAUUGCUUAGAUCAGUGUACAGGAACGCCUGAUUCAUGCGCGGGUCAGCCUGUAACUUUGGAUUGUCAUUGUAACCCAGGCUAUAGAAAGGAUUCAACUGGCACAUGCGUAGCAGACACUGCCUGCACAUGCACUGAUCCAAACGCUGAAUUUAAAUCCGGAAAGCCCUGUGAUGAUGAAUGCACUCCACCAACAACAUGUCCUACCGACGAUUGCUACAAAGACUGCUUCUGUAAGGAUGGCUUCAAGAAUAUUGGAGGAACAUGUACUCCUGAAGCACAAUGUUGUUCAGAUCCAAAUGCACAAUAUGUAUAUGGAAGUGAUUGCUUAGAUCAGUGUACAGGAACGCCUGAUUCAUGUGCAGGUCAGCCUCAAACCUUAGAUUGUCAUUGCAACCCUGGUUAUAGAAAAGAUUCAACUGGCACAUGCGUGGUGGAUACCACUUGUCCAUGCACAGAUCCAAACGCUGAAUUUAAAUCUGGAAAGCCCUGUGAUGAUGAAUGCACUCCACCAGCAACGUGUCCUACCGACGAUUGCUACAAAGACUGCUUCUGUAAGGAUGGCUUCAAGAAUAUUGGAGGAACAUGUACUCCUGAAGCACAAUGUUGUUCAGAUCCAAAUGCACAAUAUGUAUAUGGAAGUGAUUGCUUAGAUCAGUGUACAGGAACGCCUGAUUCAUGUGCAGGUCAGCCUCAAACCUUAGAUUGUCAUUGCAACCCUGGUUAUAGAAAAGAUUCAACUGGCACAUGCGUGGAGGAUACCACUUGUCCAUGCACAGAUCCAAACGCUGAAUUUAAAUCUGGAAAGCCCUGUGAUGAUGAAUGCACUCCACCAGCAACGUGUCCUACCGACGAUUGCUACAAAGACUGCUUCUGUAAGGAUGGCUUCAAGAAUAUUGGAGGAACAUGUACUCCUGAAGCACAAUGUUGUUCAGAUCCAAAUGCACAAUAUGUAUAUGGAAGUGAUUGCUUAGAUCAGUGUACAGGAACGCCUGAUUCAUGUGCAGGUCAGCCUCAAACCUUAGAUUGUCAUUGCAACCCUGGUUAUAGAAAAGAUUCAACUGGCACAUGCGUGGAGGAUACCACUUGUCCAUGCACAGAUCCAAACGCUGAAUUUAAAUCUGGAAAGCCCUGUGAUGAUGAAUGCACUCCACCAGCAACGUGUCCUACCGACGAUUGCUACAAAGACUGCUUCUGUAAGGAUGGCUUCAAGAAUAUUGGAGGAACAUGUACUCCUGAAGCACAAUGUUGUACAGAUCCAAAUGCACAAUAUAUAUUAGGAAGCGAUUGCUUAGAUCAGUGUACAGGAACGCCUGAUUCAUGCGCGGGUCAGCCUGUAACUUUGGAUUGUCAUUGUAACCCAGGCUAUAGAAAGGAUUCAACUGGCACAUGCGUAGCAGACACUGCCUGCACAUGCACUGAUCCAAACGCUGAAUUUAAAUCCGGAAAGCCCUGUGAUGAUGAAUGCACUCCACCAACAACAUGUCCUACCGACGAUUGCUACAAAGACUGCUUCUGUAAGGAUGGCUUCAAGAAUAUUGGAGGAACAUGUACUCCUGAAGCACAAUGUUGUUCAGAUCCAAAUGCACAAUAUGUAUAUGGAAGUGAUUGCUUAGAUCAGUGUACAGGAACGCCUGAUUCAUGUGCAGGUCAGCCUCAAACCUUAGAUUGUCAUUGCAACCCUGGUUAUAGAAAAGAUUCAACUGGCACAUGCGUGGAGGAUACCACUUGUCCAUGCACAGAUCCAAACGCUGAAUUUAAAUCUGGAAAGCCCUGUGAUGAUGAAUGCACUCCACCAGCAACGUGUCCUACCGACGAUUGCUACAAAGACUGCUUCUGUAAGGAUGGCUUCAAGAAUAUUGGAGGAACAUGUACUCCUGAAGCACAAUGUUGUACAGAUCCAAAUGCACAAUAUAUAUUAGGAAGCGAUUGCUUAGAUCAGUGUACAGGAACGCCUGAUUCAUGCGCGGGUCAGCCUGUAACUUUGGAUUGUCAUUGUAACCCAGGCUAUAGAAAGGAUUCAACUGGCACAUGCGUAGCAGACACUGCCUGCACAUGCACUGAUCCAAACGCUGAAUUUAAAUCCGGAAAGCCCUGUGAUGAUGAAUGCACUCCACCAACAACAUGUCCUACCGACGAUUGCUACAAAGACUGCUUCUGUAAGGAUGGCUUCAAGAAUAUUGGAGGAACAUGUACUCCUGAAGCACAAUGUUGUUCAGAUCCAAAUGCACAAUAUGUAUAUGGAAGUGAUUGCUUAGAUCAGUGUACAGGAACGCCUGAUUCAUGUGCAGGUCAGCCUCAAACCUUAGAUUGUCAUUGCAACCCUGGUUAUAGAAAAGAUUCAACUGGCACAUGCGUGGUGGAUACCACUUGUCCAUGCACAGAUCCAAACGCUGAAUUUAAAUCUGGAAAGCCCUGUGAUGAUGAAUGCACUCCACCAGCAACGUGUCCUACCGACGAUUGCUACAAAGACUGCUUCUGUAAGGAUGGCUUCAAGAAUAUUGGAGGAACAUGUACUCCUGAAGCACAAUGUUGUACAGAUCCAAAUGCGCAAUAUGUAUUAGGAAGUGAUUGCUUAGAUCAGUGUACAGGAACGCCUGAUUCAUGCGCGGGUCAGCCUGUAACUUUGGAUUGUCAUUGUAACCCAGGCUAUAGAAAGGAUUCAACUGGCACAUGCGUAGCAGACACUGCCUGCACAUGCACUGAUCCAAACGCUGAAUUUAAAUCCGGAAAGCCCUGCGAUGAUGAGUGCACUCCACCAGCAACAUGUCCUACCGACGAUUGCUACAAAGACUGCUUCUGUAAGGAUGGCUUCAAGAAUAUCGCUGGAACAUGUACCCCUGAAGCACAAUGUUGUACAGAUCCAAAUACAGAAUAUGUAUACGGAAGUGAUUGCUUAGACGAGUGUUCGGGAACGCCAGAUUCAUGCGCAAGUCAACCUGUGACAUUAGGUUGCCAUUGUGUACCUGGCUUUAGAAAGGACGCCAGUGGAUUCUGUGUAGCAGAUACCCAAUGUACGUGUGACGAUACAAACGCUGAGUAUAAAUCUGGAAAUCCAUGCGAUUUUGAAUGCCUUCCUCCAGCUGAUUGCCCAACCCAGGAGUGCUACAAAGCAUGUUUCUGUAAGCCGGGCUUUAGAUCAAUCGAUGGCACAUGUCAACCUGAAUCAAAUUGCGUAUGUUCAGAUGGUCCAAAUGAACAGUAUGGAUAUUCUAAUCCAUGUCUUGACAGUUGUACUGGAACCGCAGAUUCAUGCGCAGGACAGCCUGUAACUGCAGGGUGUUACUGCGAACCUGGCUACAAGCGAGACAUAAAUAACGAAUGUGUACCUGAAGCACAAUGCCCAUGCUCUGAUCCAAAUGCUGAGUACAAAUCUGGAAAAGCAUGUGAACAAGAAUGCACUGUACCAGCAGAUUGUGAAACUCAAGAUUGUACCAAGGCAUGCUACUGCAAGACUGGAUACAAGCUAAUUAACAAUGUUUGCACACCACAGGAUCAGUGUCAAUGCACAGAUCCCAAUGAAGUUGUUAAAGAUUUCAAGGCAUGCGAAGAACAGUGUAAUCCACCAGCAUCAUGUGAGUUCGAGAAUUGUGUUACUGGGUGCUUCUGUAGAAACGGAUAUAAGAGAAUAAACGGGGGUUGUGUCCCAGAGGCUAAUUGCAAUCCUUGUGGCCCAGACGAAGAGUACAGAUGUGGAAGAAGUUGCGAAGAGCAAUGUAAUUUGUUAGACAUCAAUUUAUGCUUGGGCCUGCCAUGUACAGAUGGAUGCUACUGCAAGAGCGGAUUCAUCAGAAUUCUUGGAAUUUGCGUUAAUGUAGCGCUUGGCGUUAGCCUUUGCCCUUGUCCUGUAGGACAGACCUUCGAAUGCAGAGAUACUUGUCUUGAAUCUUGCGAUAAAUUACCAAGUGAAUGUCCGUCUACCGAUCCAUGUGAAUGGGGCUGCCACUGCAGUGACCCAACACUGAAACUCGUAGGAAGUACUUGUACAUCAGUACUACUCUGCCAAUGUGAACCCAACUCCUCCGUGAGAUUAGGAAGACUUUGCGAAGAGGACUGCACGGCGGAUCAAACUACAUGUCUCACACAACCGACUCAAGGAACAAAAUGCUUCUGUAAUACUGGAUACUGCAGAGCAGCAGAUGGAACUUGUGUAGUGCGACCAGCAAGAAAAUCUUCCAUUAAAGAUAAACUUAGAAACUUAUUGUGGUAGUCAAGUAUGAGUAUAAUGAACUAAGAAGUUUAGCUAAACUGAGACGUUCAACAGAUCAUUUUUAUAAUAAAAUAUUUUUUCUGAUCACACCAUUUCACCUUAAGACUUUAGUAUUACAAUUCAGAAUAAUAAGAAUUAAAUACCUACAUAAGAUGGUACUAAUGUUAUAAUAAAAGCAGAAAAAUCUCAAAAUAUCUCUAUGAAUAUGUAAUAUUAUUUUUACCAUUAAUAUGUAAUUUUAUUUCGAUACAUAUUACUCGAAAUAAUAUAAUCUAUUAAUAAAGUUUUAAAUUUAAAACAAAAAAAAA